AUGGCGGCUCACAACAAGAAUAAUACCAGCGGCGUCGUCCAGGUGGAUAGCCCGAACGUCCAAUACACCAAAGAGAGCAUCGAAUCGACCAUCGAUUAUCCCAUCAACUACGCCUUAACCGAAAAAGACACGAUUGUGAUUAAGCCGACCAUUACCAAACUCAAGAUUCGAACAAAGAGAGUGGUGCCAAAAACAGGAUUAAUGUUGGUUGGAAUAGGAGGCAACAAUGGUUCUACCUUAGUGGCGGGCCUUAUUGCAAAUAAAUAUGGUUUAACAUGGGAAACAAAGUCAGGUGUCAAGUCUUCAAAUUGGUUUGGUUCAAUAACACAAUCAUCAACUAUACGUGUUGGCAUGGAUUCAAUUGGCCAAGAUGUUUACGUACCAUUAAAAAACUUAGUACCCAUGAUUGACCCCAACGACAUAGAGAUUGACGGUUGGGACAUUUCAUCCUUGGACUUAGGUCAAGCUAUGAAAAGAUCAGAAGUAUUAGAUAUUGAUUUACAAAAAAAAUUGAUGAAAAAAAUGUCUGAAAUUAUUCCAAGACCAUCAAUUUAUAUACCAGAAUUCAUAGCAGCCAAUCAGACAAGUCGCGCCGAUAAUGUUAUUGAGAUGGAAAAAAAAUCAGAAGCAUUAGAUCAAAUCAGGACAGAUAUUAGAGAUUUUAAGAAAUUCAAAGAACUGGACCAGGUGAUUGUAAUAUGGACUGCCAAUACAGAACGUUUUAGUGAAGAGAUUGAAGGACUUAAUGAUACAUCAGACAAUCUUUUAAGAUCAAUUUGCAAAAACGAAUCAGAAAUAUCGCCAUCUACUUUAUUUGCCGUUGCUUCCAUUCUAGAAGGAUGUACUUAUAUAAAUGGAUCACCAUCGAACACUUUUGUCAAAGGUGUAAUAGAACUAGCUGAGAAAUGGUGUGUACACAUUGCUGGUGAUGAUUUCAAAUCAGGACAAACAAAACUGAAGUCAGUACUAGUUGAUUUUCUAGUAGCUGCUGGCAUCAAACCAGUAUCCAUUGUGAGCUAUAAUCAUUUGGGAAACAAUGACGGUUAUAAUUUGUCAGCACCUCAACAAUUCCGUUCAAAAGAGAUUUCUAAAAGCAAUGUAGUCGAUGACAUAGUGAAAUCGAAUAGCAUUCUUUAUAAACCAAAUGAGACACCUGACCACUGUGUAGUUAUAAAGUAUGUGCCAUACGUCAAAGAUUCCAAAAGGGCACUGGAUGAGUACACAUCAGAAAUAUUCAUGAAUGGAAUAAAUACAAUGGUCAUACAUAACACAUGCGAAGAUUCAUUAUUGGCAUCUCCUCUUAUAUUGGACUUACUUAUACUUGCGGAUUUAUUCAACAGAAUUGAAAUUGGGUCGGACAAAUCAGAUUACACACCUUUGCAUCCAGUCUUCACUGCUAUGUCAUACCUACUUAAAGCCCCUGUUGUACCAAAAGGAGCUCCAGUAGUAAACUCUCUCUUCCGCCAGAAAGCGUGUAUCGAAAACAUACUCAGAGCAUGUGUGGGCUUACCUGCUGAGAACAACAUGUUAUUGGAACACAUGUUACCAGCUAAGGUGUUUGUAGAAAUUGAAAAAGAUCAGAAAAAACAGACUUGUAAAGCAUGCCAAAAUUAG